GUCUUCCAAAGGCAUGGUGACAAGACCGCGCCGGCUGGACGAACGGGGGCAUGUGAUGGGUCCCCAUAUGAUGAAUGCAUGACACACCAUGGCGUACAUUCCCAAGCAUGCGUUUGGGAGGGAUUUGGCCGGGACAGCAUCAUGAGUAGGCCUUGACUGGGACAUGGAGGACCCUGCUCGUCCAUGUGUGGAGAGAGAGACACAAGGUUUGGCGUUACGGAGAGAGUUCCGAGGCCCUGCUCUUUGUGAACUAGCAUGACUAGGGAUUCAUCUUUCAGUGGAGCUCCAUGGUCAUUGGCCUCGGUUGCUGCGAAUGUGGACGAAGAACCCCAUGUUUCAUAGAGGAUUCAAAGUGAGGGAUGUAGGAUGACAGUGUACAUGUGCAUACAUGUACGUGUACAUAUGGAUCUAGCAGAGUACCGGUACAUGUACUUCAUUUUGUAUUGAUAGACACUACAAUGCAACAUACAGUGCACCAUUGUUGAGGUUGAACUACAUGAACUUGAAUGUGCUGUGAACUAGUAACUUGAAGAGCAGGUACAUGAACAGACAGACAGACCUUUGAGAAAGGCCCUGCAGUAGAUCAUUAAUUAUCAGCAGCAUUGUCAUCCAAAACUUUUUUCAUCAUUUGAGGGGAUACUGGCGCCUCUCAAUUGGUUAUGGACAGGUUGCUAGAGGCAGGUCUACAGAUAAACGUACGCCAGUCUCAGAGCGAGGACGGUGGCACAGUUGGUUUCUCUCUGCUGAGCAGAGGCUGUGCAAAUAAUGGACGCCAGAACCAGUGACAGUGCUCUGCCCCAGUACACACUGGAGGAGGUGGCAGACCAUUGGGAGGCCAAGUCCUGUUGGAUCGUUCUCUUUAACCAUGUGUAUGAUGUCACCGAGUUUUUGCGCAAGCACCCAGGUGGAGCUGAGAUCCUACUGGAGCAUGCAGGGAAGGACUCUACCUAUGCAUUUCAAAGCAAAGGUCACUCGGACAAGGCCUACAAGCUGCUAGAGAAAUAUUGCAUUGGCCAGCUGGUCUUAUGUGAGCGGAUCUAUUGACGAUACUGCUGAAGUACCCUCUGUUGAAGACUAUCACAGAAUGAGAGGCAAAACCAAAUUAAUAUAUGACAUCAAAAUAUCAUUCACCAGUGCAAAGAGACAAGUCUCCAAGGACACAGCAUGAUCACAGACAUCAGACUCCCAGUCCAUGCGGACAAUCUGUGGAGUCAACUGGGCGAAGCUUUCUAAUGGAGGGCACUGGUGAAUGAGUAAACAAUUUUCUGAAUUUAAGAGUAGGUUUUCUGUGGUAUUCAAACAGCAGCAUCACAAUGUUACAACACUGCUCGCGAGUUUUUUGACAGUUAACUGGUAUUUUCUCGAUAAAAAUUCUUGGCUUUGGGAAGACUUUAGCAGUGCUAACUUAUAACUCUGUUUUAAGUGGCAGUGUCGUAAUGUGGUUGAAGUUUAGAAAUUUUGUAAUCAUUUAUCAUCUGGUACUGCAACUGUUUCUGAGGUUACAGGUUUCAACAAAUAAUGCAGAAACUGUUUUGCAUUAGCCAGACUGCUGUUAAGUGGAAUAUAAAUUUUGGUUUUAUACUUUUAUAUGUAACUUUUUAGGGUACAAAAUUUUCAGUUUUGUAAAUUUUUAUCUAUGAAUAAAAGGAACUGUUUUUUACUAUUAAUUGUAUGGUGCAACCAACAUUCUUUGUACAGCUGAGCCUCUGAGCAGGCAUGAAGACAUAACCAAUCAAGCUUUAAAUAUUACCAACUAGUAUUUUGUAUAUUUUGUCACUUUUAUCCAAAUAAUGUGCACCUGUAGUUGAAAUCACUGCUGUCUGGAAUGCCUGCUAAGUAGAAUUAUUUUACAGGGAUGUUUCUUCCUCAGAACACUAUGGAUAACAUUUAAAUGUCUUUUACUAAAUACAUCGUAGGGGAGACAUGUCGUGUUUGAGUAUGGGGUAAUUGUUUGUCAUACAGGGAGACACCGGUCAUUUGGUAACAAGCUAAGGUAACAACUACCAGGCUCAGACAAAAUUACACUGUAAUUGUCACAAAUGGGAUAGAUUGUUAAAUCAUGGUCCAAAACAUAAAUACAUCAAGUUUGGUUAGGGUCAACUGAGGGGAUAUUGUGUUAGAGGUCAUUAAAGGUUAAAACAUUUUACACACGCUCUUGUGGGAAUGUCUCCCCCAAGGUACUAUCUGCGGUAAUUAUCAUUUUUUUUGUGUUUAUUAUUAUAAUUAUCAUAAAAAAAUUCCCUAGUUCCGUGGUUGAAAAUUAACAUACUUCUCAUUGCAUACAGUAAGAUCUUAUUUUGUUUAUUUUUUGGGAAAGUGGAUUUCAACCACCUCCCAGGAUGCCCCGUAUAUUUUCAUUAGUAUACCUUUCCCAGUGCUGUGGGCAUCUGCCUGUGGCACUAAUAAUUCUGUGUUUAUUGUACACACAGGGUAAAAACUUAGCCAUACUGCUGUGGGGUGUUCUUGAUGUGCAAAUAAAAAUAGCAGCUUCUUCUUUCUUUA